CCAGAACGACAUGGACAAAUCAAAAUAGAACUCAAUGACUUUCUCGGAUAGCACUGUCAUAACCUGUCGUUCCUAUUACACUUUCAAAGGAUCAAACUAGUGGAUCUAGAUGAGUGCUUCGAAAUCGGCAAUUUUCUUUACAAUAUGUGGGUAAUGUUGUAUGCCUGGCAAAAUCAUGUGGGAACAAAUUCAACAGUAUUUCCUUUUGGCCAUUCACGAUUUUUAACUACUGCACGAGAAUUUCAGCAUUCACAGUCCUAACUACAAUUAAUGGCCAUUUGGUUUUGUUUUUAUAACAUUGUAUUUUAAUUAUAUUAAUAUUUAACCAAACAUAUAAAAAUAUUUUUCCUUAUAACUUUGAUACAGUUCAUUUCUUUAAUCUCAGUAUCAGUGUUUUGUUUGGACUGUUAUUGUAGUUACCUUCGCUUUUGGUUUACAAUAUUUCAUUUGCUAUCAUUUCUUCUUUAUUAACACAUUUAUUUAUGUUUUGACAACUAUAAAAUAAACAGCUUAAAUAUCAUAUUUCAGUAUCCGUAUUUCUUCUUUUUCCCCCUUCAUGUAAUAUUGACCCCUGCAGAUACAUUAGCCAUGGUCAGACCCAAGACUGAUUCUUCCGUGUGUGGUCAGACAUUGAUGGACGAACUAAUGGUAGAUUAUUCAGGAGUCUGGCCAGUAUUACCUGCCUGUCAGAGCAGAUCGGGGCAGGCUGGGCUACAUCAUGAUCACAAACAUGCAGAGAUGUCCCUUAGAAUAAUUGUACAACUUCCCUAACCAGGAGUCGAACCCAUAUCUUCUACAUGCCACACUGACGUCUCUAACCACUACAUCACAAACGUGGGUGGAUUAUUUCCCACACCAAGCGUCGCUAUUUAUAGCGGUCAAGUAGAGAAGUGAUGACGUGGCUUCUCUGAAAUCAUGGCGGAUCAUGACAAAGUAAAAAACAUAACGACCAUUUUUUUCUGACCCAAGCAAUGUACUGAACAUUCUGUAACCUGUUGUGCUCUCUAUUCCCUGUCGAUGGUAAACAAAACGUAUCUUAAUUCUUCAUUUUGGAACGUUGGGGGCGGAGGGAGGGAUAGCACGUACUAAGUAAUAUAUCCACCUUACAAAACUGUUUCUCUUUAGACAUUUUCUUCCCUCUUUCUCCAAUCUACUUAUCGAUUUUUUUCUGCCUUCUUCAAAAAUCAUCUCUUAAAACUAUUACCUUUGGAAAAUGUUUGCGCGUUUCUCACUUCACCCUUCGCACGUACGCUACUUUUUUCUGUUUCACAAUCUUCUUAGUUAAUGGAGCCAAAUAUUUACUGCAUUUCAUUUCCUCUCCUCUCAUUCGCCCUUUGAAAUAGAGAGAUAUAUUGGGGGUUUCCACAAAGAAGCCUGAGAAAGAGAAUCGACUGUAUGAACAUGUUAUUGUAAAUUCUGCACAUUUCUCCAUAACAAGCUCUUGCCAUCAUUUUCUAAAGAGUUAAAAGUGUAAGAACUUAGCAAAACUUGGUCUGAAACAAUGUUGCAAAAUCAACAUGGCAGUAAUUUUGACAUUGAAUCAACAUACCAGGGUAUGGUUGUGACAUCACACAGAAGUGUUGACAUGAAAUCAACGCAAACAAUUCUGGGAGAACCCAGCCAGAGGUCCGAAGAUAAUGAUUUCGCCAUAUUCAGUUUCCAACACGCUGACUUUGAGAAGAUUUAAACAAGAAUAAAGCUGUGUGGGUUUUUUUCAACUCUCCAUUGAUUUCUGUCCUUGUUUUACGUCUGCCUCUACAGCAUCUGACUUCAGCGGAAGUGGUCAAACUAGAACCGACAUGCCUUUCCUACAACGAUCUUUGGGCGAGGACUCAACUGACCGUUACGUCCACACAUGGACUGUGAGCCUCCUCUUCUUCCUGUCUCUUGUCACGUGGUUACUAGCUGCCAGCCCAUUGGUCAUAAGCUCUGGAGAAGAAACGCCGACUUUCCAAGCAAAGUGCUGGUGCCCCGCCCAGUUUGAGUCCAGCCAUGUGGAGUAUGCCAACAGCGUCUGCUCUAAGUGGUACACUGAGGCCUUCCAAAGAGGGACGUUGGGAGAGAACCUCUGGAACCCAUACAGCCGUGGGCUGGUGAGAAUGUCUGAAGUGGACGAGGACGUAGCCAAUGUGUCCUCCACGCCCGCCCCCAACACCAACCACCGACAUUUCGCCUCCGUCACCGCCCCACUUCUUCUGUUUGUCUUUGCUCUACUCAUCAAGUUACCCCACUUGGUCUGGUACCUCAUGUCUACUUUCUGUCCGGUCAACAUAAAGAAAACUCUGCACACAGCUGACCACGCCCAGAACCUUCAGACAGACACAAAACGUCAGGUGACCACCGAUCUGGUCCAGUCUGUUGACAAAGCUCUCAAGGACUGCCCACAUCGAGCCACUGUGUCGUAUCUGUUCUACAAGUUCUUCAGCUCCCUUGUCCUAGUUCUGGAGUCCAUCGUUCUGAGUACAAGGAUACUGCCCCAGGUCUUCGCUGAGACUGGCUCAAGACAACCAACACAGCAACAGUCGGAAAUUUUACCCUGUUUUUACCCGAUUCGACAAAUGCAAAAUGUCCAUCACUACACCUUGCAAUGUCUGUUCUCCCCAACACACACCAGUCGUCGCUCACAGCUUGGCCAUCACGCGUUGUUCACUGGCCUCCUCGUCUAUCUCUUGAUUCUCACCGUGGUCUCAGUGGUCAGUUUUCUCACUUGGCUGUCCAGACUGACCAUGGGGACAUGCCGUAGUCAGGUAGCGGCGAGACCAUCCCUACCCACCGACGCCUACCUUCUUCUCUACCUCAGCCAAGACAACCUGGGUCCCCUGGUGACACGUGACCUGGCUGAGAACGAGGCUUGGACACAGGACUCCGGGCUGGCUGGAUCAAUAGUGGCCAGUGGUCAGUUUGAGCUGAAUGGACAGAAGGACGGAGCUGAAGGAGAAGAUCAAGCAGGAGAAGGAGGAGGAGAUGAAGGAGCUGAGGAAAAGAUGGACUCGGAAAAGGAAAAAGAUGAAAAGAAAGAUGACAUGACUGUUGACCUUGACAAAGUUGACUUGGUCUAAUAUGGUGUAAAGUCGCUAAAGUGUCGCAUUAGCCGUCGGUUCCUUAAUGUUGGAAAGGAAAUAUUGCGUUUCGUUUUAGUAAGCUCUAAAGAAUUACUAGAAACGUAUUUAAUUUCCACAAACGUACAAAAGAUAACUUUACAAAAUAUUUUCAUCUUUUCGUUGCAUCUUUAACCUAAUCGUAACAACUUGGAUCGUUCGGGGCACGAUUCUCAAAACCUUCAAUUUACACAGAUCAUAUCCUCAUCUAGCUAAUAGACAAAGAACGUUGAACCGUUCUGUUGUAUUAUAAGGAAAAGAAGUUAGACAUUCUAAGAUCCCUUUUUUCUGAACUGUCCAGAACAACGACCGCUGGGUGGGAUAACCUUUUCAACAGUGCUCUUAGUCUAGUCACCAUCAUAGUACAAAGAGAUCAAUUUAAAUCAAGAACAAAUUAAUUGGUUUCCUUAAUUAUACAAAGGUCGCUAAAAUACACGUAUGUUCUGGAGAGAUACUAAACCAGUACAUGGACAUCUACAGCAGUAUUUUCUUUUCCUCUCUGUGCACACGAUUCUGUGAAUCAAUCUCAAGGAGACAGACAAAGAUUGUGUGCUAAAGAACAAUGGUUGAAGAAUAACAGUCACAGAAUUACUUAUUGACUUGGUAGAGGGGAAAUGACAGUUUGGGAAUGAUAGUCACUUAAUGACACCUAUAGAAGUACAGUUAAAUAAUCACCGACGUGGACAAAGAAUUAUAGCGAGGGAGAGGGAGUCCAGUGAGAUGAUUGAGACACUUAAAAGACACACAAGAAAUAGAAAACACGAGGACAUAAUAUGUUAUAUCUAAUUGUACAAAAAGCUGGACUCUAAGGACAACUUAUUUAAUUAACCAACAGCUCCCUUGGACUAAUGCCUCAAGAUCUAUUCUUAAGACAUUUUUUUUCUGUAUCUCCUUUUCAAUAAAUUUGUUUGUAUAUUUAUAAAUGUAUAUCAUUUUUUUUUUUUUAUCAAAUAGAACAAACUCGUGUUCCCAUUAUUCACACUGGUUGAACAAUAAUAACAUUAUCUGGAGACAGGCUGCUAUCUUUUCCUUUCACUCUCUGCCGUUUGCUCGCUACAUGGAAUGGCGCGGAGCUUACUACCACUAUUCGCCCCUGGCCGUUCAUACAGUUCUGGCAAUAUUUACUACACUGACCCUAGGUCAACACACAGUUCUGGCAAUAUUUACUACACUGACCCUAGGUCAACACACAGUUCUGGCAAUAUUUACAACACUGACCCUAGGUCAACACACAGUUCUGGCAAUAUUUACAACACUGACCCUAGGUCAACACACAGUUCUGGCAAUAUUUACUACACUGACCCUAGGUCAACACACAGUUCUGGCAAUAUUUACUACACUGACCCUAGGUCAACACACAAUAGGUUCAGAAAUCUUGUCCAAAGUAAUAAUCAACAAAGAUGUGUCAACAUUACGAAAGCCAUUACUUCCUUUCCAGAACGACAUGGACAAAUCAAAAUAGAACUCAAUGACUUUCUCGGAUAGCACUGUCAUAACCUGUCGUUCCUAUUACACUUUCAAAGGAUCAAACUGGUAGAUCUAGAUGAGUGCUUCGAAAUCGGCAGUUUUCUUUACAAUUUGUGGGUAAUAUCGUAUACCUGACAAAAUCAUGUGGGAACAAAUUCAUCAGUAUUUACUUUUGACCAUUCAUGAUUCUUUAUUACUGCACGAGAAUGUCAGCAUUCACAGUCCUAACUACAAUUAGUGGCCAUUUGUUUUUGAAUUUUAUAACCUUGUUGAUUAUAUGAAUAUUUAACCAAAGUAUAGAAAUAUUUUUCCUCAUAACUUUCAUACAGUUCAUUUCUUUAAUCCCAGUACCAGUGUUUUGUUUGGACUGUCAUUGUAGUUACCUUCGCUUUUAGUUUGAAAUAUUUCAUUUACCAUCAUUUCUUCCAUAUAUAAUGAUUGCAUAUUUAUUCAUAAUAUUUUGACAAUUAUAAAAUAAACAGUUUAAACCUC